AUGGUGGCCACCGAGGGGCUGCGGGAGAUGGAGGGCAGCGCGCUGCGGCGCCUGGUGUGCCGCGACGAGGCCGGCGCCGGCGGCCCCGGGCGGUGCCUGGUGCUGGACUGCCGCCCCUUCCUGGCGCACAGCGCCGGCCACAUCCGCGGGGCGCUCAACGUGCGCUGCAACACCAUCGUGCGGCGGCGGGCCAAGGGGGCCGUCAGCCUGGAGCAGAUCCUGCCGGCCGAGGGCGAGGUGCGGGCGCGGCUGCGCGCCGGGCUGUACGCCGCCGUGGUGGUGUACGACGAGCGCAGCCCGCGCGCGGAGGCCCUGCGCGAGGACAGCACCGUGGCGCUGGUGGUGCGCGCGCUCCGCCGCGACACGGCGCGCGCCGACAUCCGCCUCCUGGCAGGUACCGCCACGGGGGGCGCGGGGGGGCUGGUGGGACCUGGCCGCGGGCAGCACACCCCCCCCGCCCCGCGCCCCCCGGGGCUCCCCGGGAUAACGCUUCGUGCCUCUCUUCUUGCAGGGGGUUAUGAGCGCUUCUCUUCGGAGUACCCGGAAUUCUGUGCAAAAACCAAGUCCCUGAGCAGUGUGUCACCACCCACCAGUGCCGAGCCCCUGGAUUUGGGCUGCAGUUCCUGUGGGACCCCCCUUCAUGACCAGGGUGGCCCUGUGGAAAUCCUUCCCUUCCUCUACCUUGGCAGCGCCUACCACGCUGCCCGGCGGGACAUGCUUGAUGCACUGGGCAUCACAGCCCUGCUGAACGUCUCCUCAGACUGCCCCAACCACUUCGAGGGGCACUACCAGUACAAGUGUAUCCCCGUGGAGGAUAACCACAAAGCUGACAUCAGCUCCUGGUUCAUGGAGGCAAUUGAGUACAUCGACUCAGUGAAGGAGUGUUGCGGCCGGGUCCUAGUCCACUGCCAGGCUGGUAUCUCCCGCUCCGCCACCAUCUGCUUGGCUUACCUGAUGAUGAAGAAGCGUGUCAAGCUGGAGGAGGCCUUUGAGUUUGUCAAGCAGCGCCGGAGCAUCAUCUCCCCUAACUUCAGCUUCAUGGGGCAGCUGCUGCAGUUUGAGUCGCAGGUGUUGGCCACCUCAUGCGCAGUGGAAGCUGUCAGCCCCUCGGGGACACUGCGGGAGCGGGGCAAGGCCACCUCUACCCCCACCUCCCAGUUCGUCUUCAGCUUCCCCGUCUCUGUCGGUGUCCAUGCCACCCCCAGCAACCUCCCAUACCUGCACAGCCCCAUCACCACGUCGCCCAGCUGUUAG